AUGGCCUCCCAACUCUCUUCAAGAGCAGGAUUGCAGGGGGCAGACCCCACACAAUCCCUCAAUAAAGCAUUGGAGAAUUUUCAGAAUACCUUGACAAAGCAGCAAAAACGAGAAUUUCAAGAAAGCGUCUCAGCACCAGAUAUUGCGAGCGUCAUAGAAUUUGUCGCAGAAAUCGAUGCUAGAAAUAGCAGCACGACGAGGAGGUGCGUGGCUCCGCGGCUAUGUACAUUCUUAGAGGCUACGCAACAGUUCACCGAUGUUGUGGACACAUUUGUUAGCUCUAAUCCGAUAGUCGCCGCCCUAGUUUGGGGAGGUAUAAAGACUGCUAUAUUGACAGCGAGCAAUGUGGCUUCUUACUUUGAUAAAGUCACGAGCAUGAUUAUGCGUAUCGGCAGAUAUUCUCCAACAUAUCAACAAUUUGGGCUACUCUAUCCCAGCUGCAUUGGUCUCCAACGUGCCCUUUGUGAUUUCUAUGCCAUCAUCAUUAAUCUGUGUGUCAAGAUUAUCGAAGUCUCUCGUCGAACUGUCCUUAAGCAAACUAUCUCGUCGAUAAUAAGUCCCUUUGAAUCCGAGUUUAAGCUGUUUCUAGAUUUGCUAGGCGAAGCUACACAAAACAUAAACCUGGAGGUAUCACUCGCAUCGAAACAAGCAGACCAAGAAGCGAAAAACCUGCUAGAGUAUGAAAGUCGAGAGAAUUCAACAUUCCGACCAAAAGCUCUAGAUUUCUACAAAAAAACACUCAAGCAACAAGCCGAUGCACAAGCCGACGCAAGCCGGUCGCGAAUGAAUAUGAAAAAAAGGGAAAUAGCGAAAUUGAAGAUAAGCAUUCGAAAAAACCUUUCUCCUAUCAACCACAUUUCUCCUUGGAGGCAGACCAUGAAGCAACGCGUCUCAGCCACAGCUGAAUGGCUUCAGAAAGAAAUGGCUUUUGAGAAGUGGAAGGACGAUCCGCAAACUGCGAUACUCUGGUGUCUAGGCACCAUAGGCAUGGGCAAGACAGUGCUCAUGUCUUAUGUGGUGGCUCAGUUACAGUUACAUGCGGCUCGCAAGAGCAAUGAGACUGUAUCCUACUACUUCUGUCGCGUCGACAAUGAGGCAUCUUUAUCUGCGAGGAACAUUCUUGGAAGCCUUGCUCGUCAAAUCCUCGAUACUCAGAUUGAGCAAAGCGAAUAUGAAACCCUACUCUCAUUAGAGGAGAUCACCCGGGAUCUUAACACGACUGAUGUUGUUCAGUUCUUGUUAUCUCAUCUGAAAAUCGACAAGAACAUGAAGUACUAUGUUAUCCUGGAUGGACUGGACGAAUGUGAUGGCAGUCAAAUUCGAGCAGUGACACAUGCUAUUGCUGAGCUCUGCAGCAACCAUACUGAUUUCAAAAUCCUCUGCGCGGGACGACCUGGUCUUGAAAAACGGCUCAAAUCGACCACACCACAGUACAGGAUUAUGGUGAAUGAGAAAAAGGUCAAGCCGGACAUGGAUCGCUAUAUCACCAAGACUUUGGACAAGUGUCUGGAAGAUGAGGUUUUGACUCUUGGGGAUCACACAAUCAUCCCGGAAAUAUAUAAUACCUUAAGGGAUAAAGCUGACGGAAUGUUUCUUUGGGCAAGUCUUUGUAUUGAAGAGCUCUGCGCACAGAAUUGUGAUCACGAUAUCCUAGAAGCACUGAAACAUCUUCCACACAGUUUGGCUGAGCUCUAUGAUCGAAAGCUUUGUCGUGUUCAAGAGGGACAGAUGGCCGGGCAGGCCAUGAGAAUACUACAAUAUUGCGGGGUAGUGAAGCGGCCAUUGACAGUCAUGGAAUAUCGAGAAGCCCUCAGUCUUUCCCUCGAGCAAAAAUCCUUCGACCAUGGAAAGGUUCCUAAUGACAUGGAUAGGGUCAUCAAUGGUUGUUGCGGAUUAACUUUCACCGAUGAAGAGGAAGACACUAUACAUUAUGUUCACCGUAGUGUGAAAGAACGACUUUUUAUCACAAAUGGUCAGCACACAGCGCAAUUCGACAUGGUAGGUGUCGACCGGCAUUUUGGGUUUCUUUGCAUGACAUAUCUGGAUUUCACCAACUUCAAGCGUCAGUUAACGAAAUUUAAGAAUGGGUCCGGUACUCCUAUUAAGCCCAUUCAGCUCGGCACUAGUAUUCUGCCCACCUACUCUUCCACCAGAGUUACUAGUCAGAUGGCCCGAAGGCUUCUAUCUCACCAUCGCCAGCUGCAGCAUUUCAGCACUCGAGAGGUAGAGAGAACGACGCAAGAAAUAAUUGGAGAUCGGGAUUCUUUCCAGCUGGAGGGGGGCUUCCGAUUUCUCAAUUACGCCAGGGACUACUGGCUUAACCAUCUGACUGAUUUCACUACGGAUACAAACAGUAAUAUGUGGCGAUUGUUUUGCCGGUGCAUAGAAGGCGAUGAUGUUCCUGAAUGCAGACCAUGGGAGUCAGAGGAACAGACUCAGAACAAGAGAGAUGAUAUACCAGAGGCUAUAAAAUGGGCAUUUGCCCAUGGACAUUACGGGUUACUUUCAUACUACUCAAGACAUCAGUCUCACAUCUUGUCCGAAAAUAUGAAGGAUAAAGUCCUUCGCAGUGCCAAUAUUCAUAAUCGUUAUCGAUACAGUGAGGUGCUCGUCCGCCUUAACAACACCACCAACGUCUUGAAUCAAGGAUUGUCGUAUGCUGCACUAGAUGGAUGCAUUCCUUCCCUAGAAGUGUGGCUUCAAGCAGGGGCUGAAAUUAAUGCUGAAGUAAAUGGCAGAACAGCACUCCAAGCAGCAGCAGGAGCAGGUCGCCUUGAAGUUGUACAGGCACUGCUAGCAGCAAAAGCACAUGUGAACAUAUCCUCUGCUGAAAAUGGUGGUCAAACAGCUCUUCAAGCGGCAGCGGGAGGAGGUCAUCUUGAGGUGGUACAGGCACUUCUAGCAGCAAAAGCAUAUGUCAACAGAUCUCCUUCUACAAAUGGUGGCCAAACAGCCCUUCAAGCAGCAGCAGGAGGUGGCCACUUUGAGGUGGUACAGGCACUUCUUACAGCAAAAGCAGAUGUCAACGGAUCUCCCGCUAAACACAAUGGCCGAACAGCUCUGCAAGCGGCAGCGGGAGGAGGUCACCUUGAAGUGGUGAAGACACUCCUAGCAGAAAAAGCAGAUAUCAACGCGCCAGCAGGAUACGAUAGGCAAACCGCCCUCCAAGCAGCAGCAGGAGGAGGCCACCUUGAGGUGGUGAAGACACUGCUAGCAGAAAAUGCAGAUGUUAACGCGCUUCCAGCUAGACGUUCUGGACAAACAGCUCUUCAAGAAGCGGCAGGAGGAGGCCACCUUCAGGUGGUGCUGGUACUUCUAGCAGCAAAAGCAGACGUUAACGCACCUCCUACUAACUACAAAGGCCAAACAGCUCUUCAAGCAGCAGCAGGAGGAGGCCACCUUGAGGUGGUGAAGACACUGCUAGCAGCAAACGCAGAUGUUGAUGCGCCUCCGGCUAAAGCUUCUGGUCAAACAGCUCUCAAAGCAGCAGUAGAAGGAGGCCACACCAAGGUGGCGCAGGCAUUGCGAGCAGCAAAAUUAUAUGGCAAGGCCCCUGCUAGAUAG